GGGCGGGAGGGAGGGGCUCUCGGGCGGGGUCGCUGGUUUCCUCGGAGGGCGCCGCCGCCGGGCCCUCUCGGACCCCCCUCUCGACGGGGAGCGGGCGGAGGAGCCGCAGGGCGCCUUCUGGGAUUAGGGGGGAGCCGCCUGCGCCCGCGGCGAUGAGGAGCGGGGGUCGGGGCCGAGUGGCGUUGCCGCCGCCGCCGCCGCCGGAGGGGAGCCGUUCCUGCGUGGGGGGCCCCAGAGCCGCAAGGAGCGCCUCGUCCCUCCCCGCUGAAUUCGCCUGCAGCCCGCCUUUCCCACCAGGCGCCUCGCGUGGUUCUCCGCUUCUCCCCUUUAGCCUCACAACAACCCCGCGAGCAGGUGAUGCUUGAGCCCCUCCUGGACUGUGUCUCCCUGGAGGAGUCCCUGGAGCAUCUGCAAGAAGCUGGUGGAGGUGGUGAUGGAGAAUUACGAGCUGGUCACUUCCCUGGGGUAUCCAGUUCUCAAACCCGAUCUCCUGUCUCGGAUUGAGCGUGCCGGAGAGCCAUGUCUUGGUGAUCAGCUGGACUCUGCCAGAGGGAUUCCACAGGACCCCUGCCCAGGCUACCGUUUUUUCAAACCCGAAGGCUUGUCUUGGUUCGAACGGUGGGAAGAGCUGGGCAUUGCAGACCGCCAGAAGGCCGAGGAAAGCAAGCUGUGCACUGGCUCCUGCCAAGGAGCGGCUGGGCGUGGCAAGGCCAUCAAGGAAGAGGAAGGCGGCCCAAAGGGCUUUGCAGCCAGUCUUGAGCGCUACCAGCUUUUUCCUGACAGCUCCCGAGCUGGGCUCUUCCUGACCCCCAACGCUGCCCAGCUGCGAGCCCAGCCCCGGGUCAAGAAAGAAGAGGUGGCCUCUUGCGAGCCGAGUCUCUGUGGUCCCGGCCGCCCGCCCCAGGGGCUGGGGUCGGGCCCCUUUGCCUGCGUGGUCUGCGGGAAGUGCUUCCGGCAGAAGCAAGGCCUCAUCACACAUGGGCGGAUCCACACCGGGGAGAAGCCCUACCCGUGCCUGGAGUGUGGCAAACGCUUCCGCCAGCGCCCCAACCUGUUGACCCACCAGCGGGUGCACACGGGCGAGCGCCCCUUCCCUUGCCUGCGCUGCGGGAAGCGCUUCAGCCAGAAGGCCAACCUGGCGGCCCACCAGCGCACCCACGCGGUCCAGGAGGGGCUCAUCAGCCCCGAGCCCAAGGCCCCCGUGCAGCGCGGGAGCCGCCAGACGGAGAAGCCAUUCCCCUGCAGCGUCUGCGGGAAGAGCUUCAGCCAGCGGCCCAACCUGAUCACCCACCAGCGCAUCCACACUGGCGAGAAGCCCUUUGCCUGCACCGAGUGCGGGAAGCGCUUCAACCAGCGGGCCAACCUGAUCACCCACCGGCGCAUCCAUUCAGGGGAGCGGCCUUUUCCCUGCGCCACCUGCGGCCGGCGCUUCAGCCAGAAGGGCAACCUCGCGGCACACCAGCGCACCCACUCGCAGCAGCGGCCCCAUGCCUGCACCUGCUGCCCCAAGCGCUUCAAGGGGGAGUCGGCUCUGCGUGCGCACCAGAGGACCCACCGGCAGGUCCUGGGGGCCGACCCCUUGUCUGGCGCCCUCCUGGCAGCCCCCAGCCUCCAGCAAGCUCUCUCUGGCGACCCUGCGACAGUCACCCACCGGGCAACCCCGGCCCCCUGCCAGGAUCUUGCUGGGGAUGCCACUCCAGGCGUCCAUCGGGCACCCUCCUCUGGCCCGCAUGGACCCCCCCAUGGGCAGAGUCUUCCUGGGGACCCCCCUCCUCCUGGUCCGCAUGCAACAGGCACCCCCACCCACCUCCAGGGAGUUGUGCCAAGUUCUGAGCAGGGGCCCAAGCUGAGCGCCCCCCCGCCAGUGAUGGAUCCCCACACCGAGAUGCUUCAUUGCCAACGCCGGCUGAGCCUGCCUGCGCUGCCCACGUCCAGCGCGCACCCCGUGGUCCCCAUGGGGCAGGCCCAGCCCGUCACUGCCAAGCAGAAGAGCCUCGCCCUCCCCCGCUCUUCCGCCAUGGAUGCCCCGAGCGAGAUGCUGCAUUGCCUCUGCCACGCCAGCCGGGCCUCCUUGGUCAUUCCUCACCCCCCACAUCUGGGGCAGCUCCAGGCGGGGAGCAGAGACACCCCUGGCCGGGCCUGGCUUGGUAUCCCCUGCCCUCCACGGGCCCUUCAACUCCAGCAGGGGGGCCAGAGCCACCCGGCUGCCCCCAACCCCAGACUGUGCUCCAUCCCGGACUCCUUGCGAUAGCUUCCCCCAAAGACGGGCGCUGUGCAAGCAAAGACUGCGAGGGGAGGGAGCAGCGCGGCUCAUGCAUGUAUCGUGGACAGGAGCCCCCUCCCUACCCUCCAGGCUGCAGGAACCCUUUGCUGGGACCCACCUGGAACCGUGGCCUCUGCUGCUCCGUCCCCUGGCAUGAGACUAGCGUGGCCGCUUGGGACGCCCGCCGGAAAAGACCUGUUCCUGCAGAAGCCUUCCUCAGAAGCAGAGUGGGCGCCUCCCUCCAGAAGCUUGCGCAGGGGGACCAUUGUGCCAAGGACGUGGCUUCUCCCCACUGACCCCCUCCUCGUCCUCCCCAACACCAUUUGUCCCCCCCACGGCCAGCAGAAGAAGGCCGGCCCACUUCAGCCGCCAGCUCUUCCUCCCCCCGCCCGGCACGUCUGGCUCUGCCAUCACGAAAGAGACAGAGACGGUCGGGGAGGGCCGGGACAGCAGCCGUGCAAGUGUGUCUGUGGAGCCCCCCAACUCCUUAGGAAAGGUGGCUAUGGAGGACAUCCCCCCCCCCACCUACUGCAUCGCAGACGUGGACUCAGUUAGCUCCGGAGCCGACAGGGACAGCAGAGGCGGUGCCCGCUCUUGCCUUCAAGCAGGUGGGCAGAAGCUAGAGCUGGGGGGGGGGGGGCUUGGCUCCCCGGGAGCCUCCCUGUCCUCAGCCAGCCUCUUGGGGCAUCUCUGUCGUGGUGCUUCAGAUGCUUGGAUUAUUCAAGUGAUGAACUUCCUUCUCGAGAGAGGAUCUGACUGUACCAGGCUGGGGCAGAGCAGUGCGGCUGCAGCCAACGGAGGAGUCGCUGCAGAAGGGGCUGUUGUGAGAGAAGUCGGCUGGCACCAAGGCCCAGCAGGGCGGAGGGCGAGCCCCGUUGCUCUUGGCUGCCUGGAGCUGCAGGAAGGAGGAUGUCGCAGGUGCCGGUGGGCUGGAAGGGGAAGGGCCGUUUGUCCUGUCAAAUGGUGCGCUGUGGCCUCAUGGGAGCGGCCAGGGACCAGGAGAGCAGCGGCCUGUGUGCUUCAAAAGCAGGGGGUGAGACUGCUGGGACACCCCAGUGGGCUGAACUCCUUGAGCUGAUGGUGAUGCCGGAAGGCAGGCCUGACCCAGGAGCGGGAGGGGAGUCGCUCUUCCAGGCACCAGGGUGUGGGGUGUCCCGCUGCUGCCGCCCCUGCUCAGCAGUGCAGAAGUUCUCCUGGCGCUCCUCUUCCUCUCCUAAGCCCCUAUUUGGCAGACAGCCUGGAAGUGUCUAAAGUGUAGAUGGGGAGAGAUGAAAGCGUUGACCAAAGAGGAGGGGGUGCCAAUGGGCUUGGGGGGGGGUGCGCCCUCUAGUCAUUCCUCUGCGUGGGCUAGCUGGGGGGAGAGCGGGUGCCUGAGGCGGCAGCAGAAGCACUUUACAAAUGUCCCCACGUUCGCAGGCAGCCCUCUUGACCCCCCCCCCCCCGGUGCAUUGUGGAUGCUGCUUUGCCUGCUCUUUCCUUGUUGCUUCGGUCCAGAAGAGUCUGUCCUUGCCUGGCGGACAGAAGCCGUCUCCGUGCGUUGGCACAGUGGGCAGCCUGCUCAGUCUUGGUGACCGCAGGAGCCCAGGAGCAGGCAGGUGCCCAACCUGCCAGUCGAGCACCUGGUGAAGCCCCUGACCGGUGGGGGGGCGGGGGGGGAAGGAGUCUGUGCCUUAAGAUCUCCGAUUCUGGGUGGUGCCAGGUGGGCCCUGGCUGAGGGUGUGGGUGGGGAAUCCUUGGCUGCAAACCAACCUGGGGCUCCAGGGCCAAGGAAGAGAUGGGCAGGGGAGGAGGAGGGUCGGCAGCCCAGAGGACAGGGUGGCAGCCGCAUCCCCACACAUCGGCUCCUGGGGGUCUGGGCAGGCAAAGAGGGACACGGCUGAGCCCAUUUCUGGUGCCCCGCUGGGAAGAGCGAGGGGGGCCAAGCGGCCCUGCUGUGCCCGAGAAGGGAGGAGGCGGAGGCUGGGCACAGACAGGCUCUCGGGCAAGCGGAGGGGUGGCCUCAGCUCUGCCAUGUUUGGGAGCAGCUCAAGUAUUUCCUGUACCCCUGGAGCAUGGGUGUCCAGCUCUGGGGCUUCGGAAGUUCACGGACUACAAUUCCCGGUUGGCCAUGCCAGCAGGGGCUGAUGGGAAUUGUAGUCCACGAACAUCUGAAGCCCCAGAGUUGGACACCCUGCUCAAGAGUUUCCUAGCUUCUGGAGGCUGGCCUCUGCUUGCCAGGGCCUUGUGGGAUGACUGACUGGGGGAAGUGCUUUGUGCCACUCAGAAGGCGACGUCCGAACAUCCGCCGGUGCCAGCCCCCUCCCUCCCGACAAGGACGAUGGAGUUGGGCUGUGCAGGUCCACAGGGCAUCCUAACAUCCCUUUGGCGCCUGGGGGGAGUGUUUGUGCCCUCCCUGCCCUGAGCCCGAAUGGUCCCUCCCGGGCCAAAUUAAGCCACCUGGGUUGUGUAAAAGCAACAGUCUGAAGCAAACCCCUCGUUUCGUUCUGACAGCGGGUGUCUGGAAACAUUUCCAGAGGCCACAUCUAUGGCCCCAGAUUAAAAUGGGGGUGGGCUCUUCCAGUUCAUGCAGCUGGGGUUUAGGACAGAGCAGCAUGUGGUCACGUCUUUCAGGACCAGCAGGAAAGUCCACCCCUGACGGUCCAGGAAGCCAGAGGCGCAGUCGUUCCACUGCUUGCUGCUUCAGCCAACCUGGGGCUGGGCGGUGGGAGGGAGGGAGGGGGGGGUUGAUUUCCAGGGACGAUGGAAUGGCCUCAGCUGCCAGCACCCCUUUCUGGAGGGAGCCGAGAGGCCACAGCUGCCCGUGGGUAAAGGAGAGCGGGGAUGCUGGGAGUCCUUUCGGGGUGGCCCAGAUGGUUGGGUGCUGCCUGGUCCUUUGGCUGGAGCUGCUGCCGGGGCGUGGCCCUGCGUUCUUCCGCAUGCCCAGCAGAGGCCCUCCCCUGGAGCUCCCCCCCCCAGGUGCUGGUGGUCCGCUGACCCCGCCUGCUCCCCCUGCAGCGUUCUGAAGUGCCCUGGCUGGGAGACGUUGAGGGUUUUGGCCUGCAGAUAAUUCUCCCUCAGGAGCUGCUGAGCCCCCUCUGGCCUGGGCGGUUGCCAUGGGUGGCAGGCAGUGAGAGCCGGAAGGCAAUUCCACUCCUUCUGCACCAAGUGAGCCCAGCGCAGCCGCCCUUCAUGCCAUCGACCCCUCCUCAAAAUGGGGGAGCCGGGAUUGGAGCAGAGGCUGCCUCCCAUGGAGCAGGGAGGGCCGCAGGGCUGGGCACUUUGCACACCUCCCCCAGUCCCGUGGCUGUCGAGGUUCCACCGGCUGGGCAGGGGCUUCGGACGGGGGUGCUUGCCUUGGCCUUGCUGGGAAAAGCUGCCCCUGAUGAAUUCCUGCAGGGGCAAGCAGAAGGGAGGGGUGAUGCUGCCAGUUUACCACUGCAGCUCCCCCGUGUGGGCCGAUGUCCCUCGUGACCACUGAGGGCAGCAGUUCUGGGGCUGUCGGAGGGCCCCUGACUCCGGCUAACUAAUUCCACCCAUGGCUGUCAUUGCUCGCUUCCCACGCUUGCUGGCAUUUGCUGUCCAGAGUGUUGCAUGAAGGUACGUAUUCUGCGUUGUGGCCACUGGAGCGCCUGCCCUGCCUUCCGGGCUGAGAGCACACGUGCCCCGGGCAAGGUGAGGCCCCCCAAAGAGCGCCAUCGUGGAAGUGAAGUGCAUAAGGGGGGUCAGUCCUGUGCCACAGCCAGGGAACCUGUUAGCAAGACAUCUGUUUUGUUGGCAGAAAAGCCCUCCAGCAGCGGCAGAUCCAUUGUGUGCGGAGGGGCUGUCCUUUGUGCCACCCUGCCAGGGUGUGCUUGCCACUUGGGGCUCAAAGACCUGGUGGAGUAGAUGGAGAGAGGAGGUGUCUUAUCAGGCAGCGCUUGGCAGCCCCAGGACUUCCUGCCGUUCCCAACGGAAUAGGGGGCAGAAGGGGCAGCCCAGUGGGAGAAACUGGCGCCCCCCUGGCUGCACUCGUCUCUUGUGUUCCUGGACAACCUUCCGUGGUGUGGGCAGGAGUCCCGCCAGCCCCACCCUGUGCCUGCACCCCUCCCCCACCUCUGCAAGUGGCCUCCGGAAACGCCAUCCCAUUAACCCUGACUGGCCCCUUAGGGCUAUUCCAGAUGUAUUAUUAUUAUAAUAAUUAUUAUUAUGUUUUAUUAUUUUCUGAGCUAUGUUGGUUUGCAAUAAAGGCUUUCUUACAGUU